AUGGCCGAGGGCUACCAGGUCAUGGAGGAGCUGGGCAGCGGGAGUUUCGGCAAGGUCUUCAAGGCAAUCGACAAGACCACCGGCGAGACUGUGGCCAUCAAACACAUCGACCUCGAAGACAGCACCGAAGAGUUGGCCGAUAUCCAGGCAGAGAUCUCGCUCCUGAGCACUUGUCACAGCCCCUACGUCACCGAGUACAAGACCAGCUUCGUCAAAGGCGUCAAGCUAUGGAUCGUCAUGGAGUACCUGGGCGGAGGGUCGGCUGCCGACUUGUUGGCACCCGGAACUUUCAGCGAAGCACACAUUGCCAUUACAUGUCGAGAACUUCUCCUCGGACUCGACUACCUCCACUCGUCCGGCAAGAUCCAUCGUGAUAUUAAAGCCGCCAAUGUGCUCCUCACCGACCAAGGCAAGGUCAAGCUGGCCGACUUUGGUGUUGCCGCUCAACUCACUAACAUGAAAUCUCAACGUAUGACGUUUGUCGGCACCCCGUUUUGGAUGGCUCCGGAAGUGAUCCAAGAGGCUGGCUAUGACUUUAGAGCCGACAUCUGGUCCUUGGGAAUUACCGCCAUGGAGUUGGCAGAGGGUGCACCUCCGCACGCAGGAUCCCACCCCAUGAAGGUCCUCUUCACAAUUCCCAAAAAUCCGGCACCCAGGCUAGAGGGCGACCACUGGAGCAAGGAUUUCAAAGACUUCAUUGCUCAGUGUCUGGUCAAAGAUCCCGAUCGACGUGCAUCGGCCAAGGAACUGUUGAAGCAUCGCUUCAUUCAGCGAGCGGGCAAGGUUGAAGCUCUCCGCGAGUUGGUUGAGCGCAAGCAGAUGUGGGACGCCCAGAGGGAGCAGCAGGCGGCGUCUCAGCGCAAGUACUAUGAAGAGACAAUGUUAGUGGUUGACUUCUCUGCCAAGGCCGAAGAUGACGAUGCAUGGGACUUCGACACAGUCAAGCGCGGAACGGUGGCCCCACGAUCAGCCGUGAAGCAACUGCAACGGAAGUCCACUCGGAUACCCACCGCCGUGGAUGAGGCACAGAGUGGGAUGCAGCGCAUGGACCUCAACGCAGCACCAUUGGGUGACGUCACAGAGUCACCAGCGUCAACUCGUCGUCGAACACCCCCUCGACCACAGUCUCAAGUCACGGCGUUGAGAGUUCCUUCUGGCAACACACCAACUGCCCGCCGAGUUAGCAACAUCGGCCAGCCUAGCAAUCUUAGCAACGUGACCAAUGCCAGCACCGCCAGCAAGCAGCCACUGGGUGUUGACCUUACAUUUGGCAACUCCCCAUCGACUGUGCGACACUUUAAACGCGUUUCGUCAGAUGAGCGUCGAGCUCCAGCACGCUCGAACAACACAAAUGAGCAAACCAGCCAGGGCAAUCAGUCAUUCCAUCCAAAUCCCGAAGCCCGCACUUUCCGGCCGUCUCCACCAAACUCUAACCAUCCGCUCGAUUUCAACAACGAGAAUGAGCCACCCAGCCCCGACAAUGCGCAUAUGCCUAUCACCAAGGAUGCACUGUACGGUCGACGGGCCUACAGCAAAGUCUUGGAUUCGGUGUUCCAAGAAGCACACGCAGACACUGCAUCACCUCGGCAGCGGGAUGCGAUCGGUCGCGUCGCUCAGGCGUGGCAGCAUCUCGAUGAAGUCGACCCACAUGGCGAGUUCAUGCUUCUCAAGAACAUCGUCGAUCGUCUGAAGAACGAUGCGAAGCUUGCCUCUGCACUCGGUAUUCAAGUCUCGUCAUCACAAUCACCAUACCGGCACAACACCAAGACCAGCGAAAUCAGCCUGGGAGGUACUACUGUGCACGGAUCAGGAACCAGUCGAAUCCGCCCCAGCACUUCGAAUACGUCCAUCUCAACAACAGCCAGUAAAAGUUCAGAAGACUACGAACGCGCUCCCUCUACUCCAGCAACACCCAUGAGCGGCGGUUCUCCAACCAAAGCACUGAAACCCGCAAAGAAGUCUCCACAACUCAAAUCCCACAAACGUCCCCAGAGCGCACUUCUGGUGGGCGAAAAGGGCUUCGGUGCUGAGGCUCUUGGAGCCUUUGAUGAAAAGAAGUUACCAGGCUAUGUUGAGCCUGGCAUGGAACAACAAGCACUGCUUGCUGACAUUCUCUACGGCCAAUGGACUCAGGGCUUGCGUGCCCGCUGGCCCGUUGCUUAG